UGGGCGGAGGAAGAGCUGGCGGCAGAGAGACUGAGGGAAGUGAGGACUCUUUGGAGCGACCUCUUGGAUGCAGUAAGGAAACCAAUAAUACAGGGAGAAGAAAUCCUCUCGAGGCGAUGAUCUUGCUGAAUUCUUCCUUCACUUACAGAUAACAAAGGAAUAAAGAAGAGUCAAACAUCCAUAUUGAAAUUAAACACCCAUAUCAUUGUUGACAUGGAGGAGAAAGCAUCUAAAUACCCGGAGUGUGGUCAGAGCUUCACUCAGAGUGGAAGUCUACAUUCAGAUCAAAGGACUCCCACUGGGGAGAAACUUUAUACAUGCCCGGAGUGUGGAAAGAGUUUCACUCAGAGAGGAAAUCUACAUAAACAUCAAAAGACUCACACUGGAGAGAAACCCUAUAAAUGCCUGGAGUGUGGACAAAGCUUCCUUUAUAGUUCAGGUCUACGUUCACAUCAAAGGACUCACACUGGGGAGAAACCCUAUACAUGCCUGGAGUGUGGGAAGAGGUUCACUCAUACUUCAAAUCUAUAUGAACAUCAAAGAAUUCACACUGGGGAGAAACCCUACACAUGCCUUGAGUGUGGAAAGAGCUUUGCUCAGAUUUCAAAUCUACAUUCACAUCAAAAGACUCACACUGGGGAAAAACCUUAUACAUGCCUGGAGUGUGGACAGAGCUUCAGUCGUAGUACACAUCUACAUUCACAUCAAUGGACUCACACUGAGGAGAAACCUUAUGAAUGCCUGGAGUGUGGGAAGAGGUUCACUCAUAGUUCAGGUUUAUGUCAACAUCGAAGAACACACAGUGGGGAGAAACCCUAUACAUGCCUGGAGUGUGGACAGAGCUUCAAUCAGAGUAGAUACCUACGUUCACAUCAAAAGUCUCACACUGGGGAGAAACCCUAUAAAUGCCUGGAGUGUGGACAGAGCUUCGCUUAUGGUACAAAUCUACGUUCACAUCAAAGGACUCACAUUGGGGAGAAAUCUGAAUGCCUGGAGUGUGGGAAGAGUUACACUCAUAGUUCAGGUCUAUGUUCACAUCAAAGGAUUCACACUGGGGAGAAAUCCUAUAUAUGCCUAGAGUGUGGACAAAGCUUCACACAAAGUUCAGGUCUACGUUCACAUCUAAGGACUCACACUGGGGAGAAACCCUAUAUAUGCCUGGAGUGUGGUCAGAGCUUCACUCAGAGUGCACAUCUACAUAGACAUCAAAGGAUUCACACUGGGGAGAAACCCCAUAAAUGCCAGGAAUGUGGACAGAGCUUCAGUCAGCGUGCACAUCUACAUACACAUCAAAGGACUCACACUGGGGAGAAACCCUAUAAAUGCCAGGAAUGUGGACUGAGCUUUGCUCAUAAUUCAGGUCUCUAUUCACAUCAAAGGACUCACACUGGGGAGAAACCCUACAAAUGCCUGGAGUGUGGACAGAGCUUCGCUUAUAGUACAAAUCUACGUUCACAUCAAAGGACUCACACUGGGGAGAAACCCUAUAAAUGCCUGGAGUGUGGAAAGAGGUUCGCUUAUAGUUCAUAUUUAUGUCAACAUCAAAGAACACACACUGGGGAGAAACCCUUUACAUGCAUGGAAUGUGGAAAGACCUUUGCUUCUAGUUCAGGUCUACGUUCCCAUCUAAGGACUCACAUGGGGGAGAAACCCUAUACAUGCCUUGAAUGUGGUCAGAGCUUCACUCAGAGUGGAGGUCUACAAUCACAUCAAAGGAUUCACACUGGGGGAAAAUCUUAUGAAUGCCUGGAGUGUGGGAGGAGGUUCGCUUAUAGUUCAGGGUUAUCGCGACAUCAAAGAGCACACACGGGGGAGAAACCCUAUGCAUGCCUGGAAUGUGGACAGAGCUUCACUCGUGGUGAACAUCUACAUUCACAUCAAAGGAUUCACACUGGGGAGAAACCCUAUAAAUGCUUGGAAUGUGGACAGAGCUUCGCUCAUAAUUCGGGUCUGCAUUCACAUCAAAGGACUCACACUGGGGAGAAACCCUAUAUAUGCCUGGAGUGUGGGCAGAGUUUUGCAUAUAGUACAAAUCUACGUUCACAUCAAAGGACUCACACUGAGGAGAAACGCUAUACAUGCCUGGAGUGUGGCCAGAGCUUCACUGAUAGUUCAGGCCCAUGUUCACAUCAAAGGACUCAUACUGAGGAGAAACCCUAUACAUGCCUGGAGUGUGGUCAGUGCUUCACUGAUAGUUCAGAUCUAUGUUCACAUCAAAGGAUUCACACUGAGGAGAAACCCUAUACAUGCUUGGAGUGUGGACAGAGCUUCACUCAGAAUGGAGGUCUACAAUCACAUCAAAGGAUUCACACUGAGGAGAAACCCUAUACAUGCUUCGAGUGUGGACAGAGCUUCCCUGAUAAUUCAGGUCUGUGUUCACAUCAAAGGACUCACACUGAGGAGAAACCUUAUGAAUGCUUGGUUUUGGAAAGGGGUUCACCAAUUGAGAAUGAACUUGUAAAAAGGCAAAUAGAUAAUCUAGAAACACUUUAUCAGAAUAUAAGCUCACAAUAGAUAUUUAUUAUCUGCUCAAAGAUUAUGUUAUCUUGUAUUCAAUAAAAAAUCAAGAAGCAAA